AUGAUGGCCAUGGUCCGCACCUCCCUUCAGAAAGUGGUGGUCUUCCUACACAGGCUCCAGAGAAUGGCCAUCUCAUCCCCACGUUAUCACAAACUCUGCAAGGUGACCAAUAAGGUGGAGCUGGAGCCCAGGCAGUUUGUAGAUUGGAUGAGACUGGAGCCCCAGUCUGUGGUGUGGCUUCCUGUGCUACAUAGAGUGGCGGCUGCUGAGACCGCCAAGCACCAGGCCAAGUGUAACAUCUGUAAAGAGUGUCCCAUUGUAGGGUUCAGGUAUCGCAGUCUGAAGCACUUUAACUAUGACGUGUGUCAGAGCUGCUUCUUCUCUGGACGAACCGCCAAGGGCCACAAGCUCAACUACCCCAUGGUGGAGUACUGCACGCCGACCACGUCAGGUGAGGACAUGCGUGAUUUCACCAAGGUGCUGAAAAACAAGUUCCGCUCCAAGAAGUACUUUGCCAAGCACCCCCGUUUGGGCUAUUUACCAGUCCAGACUGUUCUUGAUGGAGACAAUAUGGAGAUUCCCGUCACUCUCAUCAGCAUGUGUCCGGAGCAGUAUGAGCUUUCCCAGUCACCCCAGCUCUCUCAUGAUGACACUCAUUCCAGGAUAGAGCAGUACGCUAGCAGACUGGCUCAGAUGGAACGCUCCAAUGGUUCUCUGCCCACUGACAGCAGCUCAACUACAGGAAGCAUGGAUGAUGAGCAUGCUAUGAUCCUGCAGUACUGCCAGAACCUAGGGGGGGAGGUGUCUCCCUGCAGCCAGUCCCAGAGCCCUGCCCAGAUCCUACAGGCCGUGGAGAGAGAGGAGUGGGGAGAGCUGGAGCGAAUCAUCCAGCGUCUGGAGGACGAGCAGUGGACCCUGCAGAGGGAGUAUGAGCAGCUGAAGGAGCAGCAUGGGGGUCAGCGGGGGCCUGGUUCUGUGGGGCUCUGGGACCCUGAGGGGUCAUCUCACCCCAGGGGUCCUGAUGAGGCUGACCUGCUGGCUGAGGCCAAACUGCUCCGGCAGCACAAGGGCCGUCUGGAGGCCCGCAUGCACAUACUGGAGGAGCACAACAAACAGCUAGAGUCCCAGCUCCACCGGCUCAGACAACUACUGCACCAGCCGGAGAUGGACUCCAGGGUGAAUGGAGUGUCGUCCCCCCGCAUGCAAGAGCGAAGGGCCCUCACCGAAAACACAGAUGAGCUGUUGUACCACUCACACAACAGAAGCUCUGACAAUGCAGACGUCUUGGAACAGAUCAACACCAUUUAUCCUGAGUGCAGUCCUUCAAGCCUCUCCUCGAGACCACAGGUGAUGUGAGGAUCCUCAGAAAGUUCCUUUCGGAGAGAGAGAAACAUUCCCAAACACACAGCUUAUACGCUCUCCCUUUUCUGGCGGACAGACGGAGAGCUAGAGCCCCUAGCAAGAGACCUCCCUAAAACCCAAAGACAUACAGAACUUUACUGCUAUUACCACGUCGUCAUCGUCUAGUACUAUGCAAAAUGUACAUUUUAUGAACUGUAGAUUGCACCUGGAGUCGGUUAAACAUUUGUCAGUGAUUUUUAAGAACAUGCCGAUUGUUAUGGAGUUCGGGGGCUUUGUAUAAGAGCAUGUGCUUUUUGGGAAUUUUUUUGUUGCUUUUGUUUUGUUCUGCUUAAACUGGGAAUCAAACUGUUUACAUUGUUGUUAUUCCACUGCCUCCCUCUGCUUGUACCCUCUGCCGUCUCCACGAUGGACAUGUUCACUGUUUUUCUCUCUGAUUUGGGAAAGAGAAGGCCCAAUUUAAGAUUAUCGCCUCAAAUGAUCCUUUUAGACAAUCGGCUCUGUGUUAGUCCUUGAAGCUUCACGUUUGUUUUUGAAAAUAUUUUUCCUCUUUAAAGCGUUAAUAAUGCUUUUCUGUCGGAGUUGUCAUGCCGGCCGCAAUUGCAAUGUAAACUUAACCUCUUCUGUGCCUAUACAGUUGUCACUCCAAGUGUGGCAGACUGGUUUACCGUUGUAGUAAUUCAUUUGGAUUGUUGUAUUAAGGCGAGAUAGUGGAAACAAUAAAUUCAUUGAAUUUAAAGCUGUUCAGAAAUAAUCGGGUUUGUAAGUGGCAAUUGUAAGAGGUCAUUGUGUAGAAUAGUUUUAUAAAUCGAUGUAAAAAAAAAUAAUAAGAAAGCCAUGAUUGCCUUGCUACCUCAGACACAAACACCUUUUCAUUUGCGUGGUCUGUAGCUCGUUUCAUUUCAAUUUUACUGUACUCGUGACAAGAAAACGAACCGAAAAACAUUCUAAGUGUGUUGCUUAUAGAUGUGUACAUGCUUUGGGGAGAUACCUAGUAGAUAAAACACAUCCUAUUACUUUACCACCGAUGGGUCUGUGGCCUGCUGCCCAUCAUCAGUAUACCGUGUCUGUAUGUUUUGAUUUUCCCCUGUCAGACCUCUAGCACUGGUCUCUCUCAGAGUUAUGCGUCGUGUUUUGUGCUUUGCUAUCCUGUAAAACUUGUUUGUUUAAAUAACACUACUAUAACCUCCUCCAACUAUGUCCUUGGACUGAUGAUAGAGAUGAUGAUGAUGGUCUUGCCUGAGGUAUGCGGUGUAAAUUGACCACACUACAUGUAAUAUGGCUACAUAUGUUUUAUUCUAAAUACAUUUUUAUAACAGCU